AUGUUGGGUAGAAGAAUGAAAGAUUUACAUUAUAAAGUCGAGUUAAGCCAUGAAGAUGUUAAUGGAUUACCUAUGUGCUGGAAGUUGAUCUAUAAGUGGAUCCAAAUUUUUGAAGAUACAGUCUUACCAAGUUAUGAAGCUAGUGGGAUAAAAGAAGAAGAUAUUUUCUUGAUGAAGUUUGAUAAAUUUAAAGAUUUGAUAAAAAAGUAUGAGAAAUGGUUACUUGAUCAUUAUGAUACUGAAUUACUAGCUUCUAAUUAUAAAUUUUGUCAUAAUGAUACCCAAUAUGGUAAUCUCUUGUUGCAUGAAUCGUUCGAUGUGAAUGAUAUUAUUAUAUCACACCCUCCAUCAUCAGCUAAUUUACUUAGUGAUGAAAAGUCUCUGGUCAUCAAGUCAACUAGUAACAAGAAGGACCACAGUUUAGCAGUUAUUGAUUUUGAGUAUUCAGGUCCUAAUUUUGUAGCAUUUGAUUUAGCAAAUCAUUUCUCUGAAUGGAUGGCUGAUUAUCACGACCCCGAAUUAUCCUAUUACAUUCACGAAGAUAAGUACCCUAGCAGAUUAGAACAAUUGAAUUUGAUUAAGUCUUAUAUUGAAUAUGACUUCCAGUAUCCUUCAUCGAACCUCAAACACACAUUUGACAAGGAUAUUACCCAAGUCAAUGCUGCUGAUUUAAUUCAAUUUGAGAUAAAGAAAUUAUAUAAUGAGUGUAUUCUUUGGAGACCUGCUGUCCAAAUUUACUGGUGUCUUUGGGGUUUAAUCCAAAAUGGUCCAGUUAGGCCAACCCUUGCUAACCCACAUCACAGUUCUUCUGAAAAAGUGAUCGAUAGUACGUACAGUAUUACUGUUGGUGUCGAUAAAUUAAGAUUAGAAGAAAAUGCAGUUAGAGAUGAAGGGGACGAAGACGAAAUUACUUCAUCCGAUGAUGACUUCGACUAUUUGAAGUACUCUCAACAGAAAUCUGGUCUUACGAUUGGUGAUCUUUUGCAAUUUGAUCUUGUAACCAAGAAUGAUAUCCCUAAAGGACAUAUUAAAGACAUAAAGUAUUUAAAAUGUGAUUUUUUCGAUCUUAAUUCAUAA